GUAUCCGAAAGCAUCAGUAACUAUUCGCAUCCGUUGAUAGUAACAAAAUGAAAGUUUUCCUGUGCAUUUUGGCUUUAGUGGCAGCCGUAGCCGCUGGUGGUCAUGGAGGUUGGGGUGGAUAUGGAGCCGGAUUGGGAGGAUAUGGCGGCGGAUUAGGAGGAUAUGGCGGAGGUUACGGUGGUGGAGCUGGAUGGGGUGGUUCUGGAUAUGGUGGAUGGGGUGGCGGACACGGUGCUGUCGUUAAGGCUGUCCCAGUUGUAGCCGGUGGAUAUGGAGGUGGCCUUGGAGGAGGUUGGGGUGCUGGCGGUCAUGGAGGUGGCUGGUCCGGAGGAUACGGCGGUGGAUUAGGAGGAUAUGGUGGUUGGGGUGGUGCUGGCAAACUUGGAGGAUACGGAGGCGGAUUGGGAGGAUAUGGAGGUUGGGGCGGCGCUGGCAAACUCGGAGGAUACGGAGGCGGAUGGGGAGGAUAUGGCGGUGGAUGGAAAAGCCAUGGCUGGAAGUAAACAGUUUUAUUAGUUGUAAUUUAUUUUAUAAUAAAAAGAUGUUGACUAUCAAUCAUUUUGAA